UGGAGGUAGUUGGAUUCACACCAUAGUCCAAUUCAGUUUUCAUAACUACAUGCAAAAAAUAUUCUAUUAACAAUUUACAUUUGACUUUCUGGAGAUAUGUUGCUUCACAGUUAAUAUGUAUAAAUCAAUUACAGUUAAAAGUUAGAAGAUCUGUGUGGAGGACUUGGUAAAUAUGUGGACUUGUACCAUUUGGUCCUUAAUAUUUCUGGCACCCUGGGAAAUAAGUUUAAACACAAGAGCUGAAGACAUCACUAACGUAACAAAGCUGAAACCAGUCUACAACUUCGGCAGGAACUUUCUGGGUUUGGAUAAGUGUGAUGCUUGUGUCGGAACAUCGUUGUGCAAAAAAUUCUUCAGAGAAAAAAUCAGAUUUGAGAACUGGCUAUCUGCAGACUUAAGACUCCCUCCGAGCCACAGGAAUAUUUACUUUGCCAAUUAUAGCGUCGAUGCCGAGACCUGGAAGCCCGUCGUAAUUUCCCGAUUACAAAGCACGUAUCAGAAUGAACUUUCUGAUCAGAAAAUCUGCAUCUCAGCCGCAAAAAAAGUUGCAUGCAGCAUUGAAAGUGUCCUCAGAGCCACAGAACGUUUCCAGAAAUGGCUUACAGCUGACCGGCUGACUGCCGAGCUGGUUCAGAGACUCCCUAGCCUCUUGCUGAGGUGUCCAUCCCAGCGUCUGUUGGACCGGAUCAUCCGACGUUAUGCUGAAGUGAGGGACUCAGGUAGCGUCUUGAUGCGACAUUUCACUGAUCGAGACAAACUGCGCCUGCUCUAUACAUUGUCUGUCAACACCCACCCUAUUGUCUUACAGCUUUUUCCAGGGAUAGAAGGGUGGCCAUUUUUACGAUACUUUGGCUCUUGUGGUCGAGUAAUUGUGACUCCAUGGACAAAAUCAAUCAAAGCAUUUUAUAAUGAAUCCUCCAAAGUCACCGCAGAUAUCGCUUACCAGCUUCUUCAUAUUACUCAUUUGCUGGGAAACAAUGACUUGAAUUAUUUCAUGUACUAUGCCAGUGUCCAUAGUAACAUGUUUGGCACCUUUGAGGAUGGACGACUUUACAUCAUAGACACCAGCACAAUAGGAAUCAUUGACAAGCUGGAAGAUGAGGAAUUUGUCCAUGGAAAAAAUGAUGUCUUCUCUUGUUUGACUUCAGACUGCAAAAUCAAUUUUUCACCUUGUGGGAACAUCAGUGAAGCACAAAGCUUCAUUCUAGUGUGCAGAGACCUCCUGCCUCACUUAGUGGUAGGCAAAUUUAGUUCUUCUCCAACUGUGCAAAACCAAAUAGACAGAUAUCUAAGUCUUUGCAGUGAUGAGACACUCUCCACUAAGGCUAUCCUUGAGGCAGUCAGAGAGCUUAUGGAAUUGUUAAAAUCUUUACGCCCUUGUGAUCCUUAUUUUGAAUACAGAUAUCCAGAAUGCAAGUACAAUAAAAACUAUUGAUA